CCGCGUGGCUCCGCGAUUCUCCAUCUUGCCCAUGAGCCACGAGAUCAUGCCAGGUGGCAACGUGAACAUCACCUGCGUGGCUGUGGGCUCGCCCAUGCCCUACGUCAAGUGGAUGCAGGGGGCCGAAGACCUGACGCCUGAAGACGACAUGCCCGUGGGUCGGAACGUGCUGGAGCUCACAGACGUCAAAGACUCUGCCAACUACACUUGCGUGGCCAUGUCCAGCCUGGGCGUCAUCGAGGCCGUGGCCCAGAUCACAGUGAAAUCUCUCCCCAAAGCCCCGGGGACUCCCGUGGUGACAGAGAACACAGCCACCAGCAUCACCAUCACAUGGGACUCCGGCAACCCAGACCCCGUGUCCUACUAUGUCAUCGAAUAUAAAUCCAAGAGCCAGGACGGGCCCUACCAGAUCAAAGAGGACAUCACCACGACGCGUUACAGCAUUGGUGGCCUGAGCCCCAACUCGGAGUAUGAGAUCUGGGUGUCCGCUGUCAACUCCAUCGGCCAGGGGCCUCCCAGUGAGUCAGUGGUCACCCGCACGGGCGAACAGGCCCCAGCUAGCGCACCCCGGAACGUGCAGGCCCGCAUGCUGAGCGCCACCACCAUGAUCAUCCAGUGGGAGGAGCCCGUGGAGCCCAACGGCCUGAUCCGGGGCUACCGGAUCUACUACACCAUGGAGCCCGAGCACCCCGUGGGCAACUGGCAGAAGCACAACGUGGAUGACAGCCUGCUGACCACCGUGGGCAGCCUGCUGGAGGAUGAGACGUAUACUGUGCGCGUGCUGGCCUUCACCUCCGUGGGCGACGGGCCCCUCUCGGACCCCAUCCAGGUCAAGACACAGCAGGGAGUGCCUGGCCAGCCCAUGAACUUCAGGGCCGAGGCCAAGUCCGAGACGAGCAUCGGGCUCUCGUGGAGCCCCCCGCGGCAGGAGAGCAUCAUCAAGUACGAGCUCCUGUUCCGGGAGGGCGACCACGGCAGAGAGGUGGGGAGGACCUUCGACCCGGCCACGGCAUUUGUGGUGGAGGACCUCAAGCCCAACACGGAGUACGCCUUCCGCCUGGCGGCCCGCUCUCCGCAGGGCCUGGGCGCUUUCACCCCAGUGGUGCGGCAGCGCACACUGCAGUCCAGUAGGUGUCUCGCGGAGCCUGCUCUUCCCUGCGGGGGGGCCCCAGCGCACACUGACCCUGGCCUCCUGUACCUGGGGCUCAUGGAACAGCCACGCUGUGCCUGA